AUGUUUCGCAAUCUCCGGUAAAUUUCAACGAUACUCCUGAUGCUCCAGAUGCGAUAGCAUCCUCACUCUUGGAGGAGCUGGCAUGGCCAAAAACUGUGAAUAAAAUUUAUGAUCGAAGUAAAUCUGAUAUGCAAAUCAAUAUAAUUAAGAAGUAUUUCAUUAACAUUGAAGCUUUACCACGUGACCAAAAGUCAUGCACUUAUUUAACUGAACCAGAUGAUAUUGGUGGAGCUGACACGGCAAUAUAUCAACAGAGGUUAGUUCUCAAACUGAAAAGAAGUCUAUAA